AUGUAUCUUUUCAAUGUUUUCUUAUCAGUGAUCUGCGCCGUUUUUAUGGUUCAAGCUUGUGGCUCGAAAGGACUGCCAGGGCCUCCAGGAGUAGAUGGACAAGAAGGAAGAAGAGGGGACAUAGGACCGCCAGGACGUGAAGGACCAAAGGGAGAGCAAGGCUCGAUAGGUAAUCCUGGACUUCAAGGUCCACAAG